AUGGUUGGAGGAAGCUUAUCACCGGCGUUUACUAUUGAUGAAGCGACGUCAUACAUCAAUGCUGUGAAGGAAGCAUUUGGGGCUGAUCAACCUGCAAAAUAUCGAGAGUUUCUCGACAUCAUGCUGGAUUUAAGAGCUAAUAGAGUCGAUUUAGCUACCGUCGUUCCAAGGAUGCGGGAACUCUUGAAAGAUCACGUGAAUCUGCUACUUCGUUUCAAUGCCUUCCUUCCAGCUGAGGCUAAGGAAACAUUUCAUGAUGUACGUUCAUACAUCUAUUCUUUGAAGGAAUCAUUUCGUGAUGAACCUGCAAAAUAUGCUCAGUUUCUCGAGAUCUUGAAUGAUUAUAGCGCCCGUAGAGUCGAUGCUCCUAGUGCCGUUGCAAGGAUGACGGAACUCAUGAAAGACCACCGGAAUCUGGUUCUUGGUUUCAGUGUCUUGCUCUCAACUGGAGAUACAAAAACCACCCCUCUCGAAGCUGAGCCUGAUAAUAACAAAAGAAUACGUGUAGCAAAUUUUAUCAGCAAGCUUAAGGCAAGGUUCCAGGGGAAUGAUGGCCAUGUAUAUGAGUCAUUUCUCGAGAUAUUGACAAUGUACCAACAAGGAAACAAAUCCGUAAAUGACUUGUACCAGGAGGUUGUUGCACUUCUUCAGGGUCAUGAAGAUUUAGUCAUGGAGUUUUCAAACGUUUUCAAGAGAACCACUGGUCCAUCAGGGUCAAAAUCUGCUAGAGAUAGAUGA